AUGAUGCGUAGGCUGUGUGUUAGCAACAACACAUCAUGGAGCCCGCAGUCGUGUCAGGAGUGUACCUGCUACAGCGACGUGGCCAUCUGCAGGCCCACCCACUGCCCCAACCCCCAGUGUGACUUCCAGAGGGGCGAGCGUUUGAGGAUCCCUGCCAACAAGUGCUGUCCGGAGUGUCUCUCCUCGUCCCACGGCUCCUGCCAGUACGAAGGAGUCAUUUAUGGGCAUGACAGUCAAUGGAGUCCCUCGGCCUGUUCGGUGUGUAUUUGCUCCAGAGGGAGUGUAUCCUGCACCACGAGCCCCUGCACACCCCUCAGCUGUCCUGUAGAUCAGAGCCUAUUUACCCCAGCUGGAGAGUGUUGCCCCAAGUGUGGUCGUAAUGGAGAGUCUUGCACCUGGCAGGGGUCAUCCUACAGGGACGGUGAAGAGUGGAAGCCCAGCCUCUGCUCCAAGUGUGUGUGCAGUAACGGGGAAGUCCAGUGUUCGGCUGCCGAGUGUCAGCAAGUAGCCUGCAAACCGCACGAGAACUUGGUGAUCCAGCCAGGCCAAUGCUGUCCUCAGUGUGUGUCCAACCCCUGUCUGUCUGCUGGGAAACAGUACCAGCACGGCGAGCAGUGGCAGAAAAACACCUGCACCACUUGUGUGUGUGACCGAGGUCAAUCUAAAUGCCACACACACACCUGUCCGCCCGUCGCCUGUGACAAGGGUCAGACCAAAGUGAAGCGCGCCGGUCAGUGCUGCGACGAAUGCGCCGUCGCCAAGGGGAGCUGCCUGUACGAGACCGUGGUGCGUUACCAUGGAGACAUGUGGAACGGCACGGGCUGCGAGUUCUGCACCUGCGACCGAGGUCAGGUCCUCUGCCAGAGGGCCGAGUGCGGCCGCGUCGAAUGUCCGCAGGGAUCGGAGCUCGUUCACCUGCAGGGGAAAUGCUGCCCCGAGUGUUCCUCCGUCAAACCUUCCUGUGGGUACCAAGGCAAAUCCUACAAGGAUUUGUCUCGGUGGAGCGACGGCAGCUGCAGGGAGUGUGAAUGCCGUGACGCCCGUGUGACUUGUUAUCUGCGUUCCUGCCUCACCUGUCCGCCGGGCGAGCUGGCCGUCACCAAGGACCACGCAUGCUGCCCCGAGUGUCACCAAGUGCCGUGUCACGCUGACUGUCUGUCGUGUCGGAGGACUCCUGAACACUGUGAGAGCUGCAGAGACCCCAAGGCCUUCCUCCAUCAUGGCCGCUGUCUGUCCGCCUGUCCAACCGGCUUCUUCUCCGAGGGCCGAGCAUGCACAGGUAAGAUCAGCUGUUUAUCAUCCUGCUCCACCUGCUCCAGCAGCUGGGACUGUCAGACCUGCAGCUCUGCGUUUCCUCUGCUGAGCGCUGAUAGUGGCCAAUGUCUGACUUCCUGUCCUGCCGGUUCCUACCAGCACGAUCACACACGAUGCCGCCGUUGUGAUGAGUCGUGUUCAGAGUGCAGCGGGCCGAGCCAGCAGGAGUGUUCCUCGUGUUCGGACCCGGCCGCCUUGCUUAAAAACGGAGAAUGUGUCCCAGACUGCAGCGCUGGUUUCUACAGUCAGGAAGGAGUCUGCUACGCCUGCGAUUCGUCCUGUGCCUCCUGUUUCCCUGACAACCCCAAGUGCAUGAGCUGCCCCCCGGGGACCUCGAUGCAUCAUGGGAAAUGUAUUUCCCAGUGUCCGACUCACCAUUACCAAGACAACCACAGCAGAUGCAGAGCCUGCCACAGCUCCUGUGUGUCAUGUUGGGGUCCGUCCGUGUCCCAGUGUACUCUGUGUGCGGACGGCCUCCUGCUCCACCAGGGACAGUGUGUGGACGCCUGCGGGGAAGGACUCUACUCCCAGGACGACUCCUGCCAAAACUGUCAUCCUUCGUGUCGCUCCUGUGUGGGACCUUUAGCCUCCGACUGUCUCCGCUGCGUCAAACCGGAGGAAGUCCUCCUCCUGCAGGCCAGCCACCUGCAGCAAGGCGUCUGCACAGCUGGAUGCCCCGCUAACAACUUCCUGGAUGAGAUGCAGACGUGCAGAGAGUGCGACUGGAGCUGUAAUGCGUGUAAAGGCCCGCUGCGGACCGACUGCCUGCAGUGCAUGGAGGGCUACGUGUUGCAGGAUGGAGUGUGCACCCAGGGGUGUUCGCCUGGAUCCUAUCAGGAUGGAGACAGAUGCCUCGGCUGUGAUGAACACUGUGUGGAGUGCGGAGGACCAGGACAGUGUCUCCAGUGCCAGCCUCCUUACGCCACUCUGCAGGGUCAGUGUGUGCUCCAGUGUGGCAGAAACUACUUCCUGGAUGCCUCCUCUCAAGUCUGCAAACCUUGCUCGACCGACUGCGUGCUGUGUGACGGCGUCGGACGCUGCACGGCUUGUCGGGAUCAAACCUACCUCAUGGAAGGAUACUGCACACCCGACUGCGGCCACGGUUACUACGGCGACAAGAAGACCAGGACCUGCUACGCGAACACCCAGCCCCCCACCCUUCAGGUCAACGGUUCCCUGCUAGUUCCCCUUGGAGGUUUCGCCCCUCUGCCUCGGACCCUGCUGAAGGUGAAAGACCGAGACAGCCCGUCUGAGCGGCUCGUUUUCCAGCUGGUCCAAGGUCCCGGUAACGGACGGCUGCUGCUGUUCAGAGGAGAGGAGGAGGAGGGACGGAAGAAGGCGGGUCGAGAGCUGAGCAGGGAUGACACCUUCACCUGGGAGGAGCUGAGAGCCGGGCGGGUGCGGUUCAGACACCAGAAAGAUAAAGCCAGGACCGGAGAGUUCAGCCUUCGAGUCGCCGACCCUCAGCUGUUCUCUCAUCCAGAAACAGUUCAAGUUCAGGCAGUUUCAAUGCAGCCUCCAAAGGUCUUGACUCUGUCUCCGUUACCUGUGGAGGGUCGUGGCGGCUUGGCAACCGUCACCAAGUCCGUCUUGCAGGUCAGCGACCCCGACAACCCGGCCGAUGUCCUGGUCAUGGUCCUUGAACCGCCGCGCCACGGCCGGCUGACCCGUCUCCACGGCGACCGGGCGCUGAGCCGAUUCAAGCUGGAGGAGCUGUCACGGGAACAGAUUCAGUACAUUCACGACGGCUCGGAGGGGACGGAGGACGGAGCCGUGCUGCAGAUCAACGACGGCCACAGCUACCAGAAUAUUCUGCUCCAGGUCCACAUCAAUCAGAAGGCAUCCAACUCUCCUCAUGUCCUCUCUGUGCCGAUGACCUGGGUGAAAGAAGGAGGGAUGGUGAGACUGGAUAAGAAAUACCUGAAGGCGGAUUAUAAAGGAGUCAGCAGCGAUGACAUCGUGUAUACCAUCCUCGACUCUGAUGGUCAACCUAAAUACGGUGAUGUAGUUCUGGUCUCAAUGCCGGCUGACGGCCCAGUAGACGGUUGGCGUCCCUUGCUGUCUGAUGACCGAGGCUUCACAGCUACUACUUCCUUCACCCAGCAGGACGUGAACGACGGCACUGUGUGGUACCGCCACUUCGGCACGGCUUCAGACAGCGACUCCUUCCUGUUCCAGUUGACUGGAGCCAUCGAGCAUCGUGAGCGUCCGUACGCUGCUCUGAAACACUUCACCCAGGCCGACGUUAACAACGGAAAGAUCGUAUACAGACCUCCACCUGCUCCGUCACACCUGCAGGAGCUCUACCAGUACUCCUUCAUUGGUCUGCCGGAGUCACUGAGCGUCUAUUUCACAGUGUCGGACGGUGAAUACACCACUCCGGAGCUGGACUUUGCCGUCCUGCUGCUGUCGAACCAUCAGCAGCCGCCCGUGUUUCAGGUUCUGGACCCGCUGCUGGAAGUCACAAUGGGAGGACAGGCUGCCGUUGGUGGUCAGCAGCUGGCGGUGAGCGAUGCUGACACGGCUCCAGAUGAGCUGGAGUUUGAGCUGGUGGAGGCUCCUGUUCACGGAGAGCUGGUCAAAACUGACGGGAACACACACAUCACCAUGAGUAACGGUGACAUCUUCACCUUCAGUGACGUCACUCGUAACGUGCUGCUGUACCGCCACGCCGGCCUCUCCGACCAGGACGACGCCAUGACCUUCUCUGUCAGUGACGGCAUCUCCAUGGCAACCACGACCGUGCAGGUGGCGGUGCUGGGCGUUGCCGGGGGCGACGGGCCUCAGCGAGAUCCGACGGCCACUCUGUCGCUGGAAGUAGGCGAGAAGAGCAGCACCGUGAUCAGACGCUCACACCUGGCUUACACUGACAACGCGUCUCCAGAUGAUCAGAUCCAGAUGCAGCUGGUCUCCGUGCCGAUGUACGGCAUCCUGACGAGGACUGAGUCUCAGCAGGAGCCGCAGGAGCUGAGAGAGUAUUCCUCCUUCAACAUGGAGGACGUCAACAAGAGCAGGAUCAGGUACAUCACCUCCUUAGAGACGGGCAGCCAGCCGGUGACGGACAUCUUCCAUUUUGUUGUUUACGAUGGCGACAACAAUCGCCUUGACAACCAGAUGUGCACGAUCACCAUCACCUCAACACCAAGACAGCCACCGGCGGUCACCGUCCGCAGCGGCAUCAAGGUCCAGGAAGGCGGUCGUGUGCAGCUGACGACCAAUCACAUCAUCGUUUCGGACCUGGACACGCCCAGGAAGGAUCUGCUGGUUUGGCUCGUCAGCCCUCCGAAAUACGGAUUCAUCGAAAACACUAAAAAAGGAGGCUCAGUAGGCGGUUCCCGGGUCAUCACCCCUGACGUUCCUUUCUCCGUGGAGGACCUGACGUCUGAUCACAUCUUCUACGUCCAGGAGCACAAAGCUCAGGAACAAGUGGACGUGUUCAGCUUCUACAUCAGCGACGGACACAGUCAGACGGAGGCCUUCAACGUGGAGAUAGACAUCCAGAGUAAAGAUCAGAAGCCGGUGGUUUCGGUGAGCAGCAUCCACGUGGAGGAAAACUCUGGAGUCGUCAUCACCAACUCGUCUCUGAGCGUCCUCGAUCAGGACACGCCUGAGAACGAGAUCCUCUUCACCAUCAUCAGGAAGCCUUCUUAUGGUAAACUCCGCAGACGGCAGUUCUACUCUCAGCCGCUGGAGAACGGUCGAGUCCUCCUGCAGGGAUCCACCUUCACCUAUCAGGACGUUCUGGACCGGCUGCUCGUCUACACGCCCGAAACCGUCAGCGGGGGGGCAGAUGAAAUGGGAUUCACCCUAACCGACGGCAUCCACACACACACGGGCCGCCUCGAGUUCACCAUGGAUGUUCGGAGGAGCGAAGGACCCAGAAUGACGGUUAACAGAGGGCUGCAACUCCCAGCAGGCUCUUCGUCUAAGAUCACGGAGCAGAACCUGAAGGGAGCAGACGUAGACUCCGACAGUCUGAAGCUCCGAUACUUCCUCACCAAAGAUCCUCCGACCGGAAAACUGCAGCUGAGCAAAGGAAAACGUUCCGAGAAGGUUUCUGUCAAAGGUCCGGUUCAGAGCUUCACCCAGGACGACGUCAACAAAGGUCUGCUGCAGUUCAGUCACGAGAAAGGCGAGAAGGGAGGCAGCCUGUCGUUCAAAUUCAACCUAGUGGAUCCAGAGGGCAACAAACUGAUCGAUCAGUCCUUCUUCAUCAGUGUGCUGGAGGAUCGUCUUCCUCCGUCCGUGUUGGUGAACAAAGGUUUGGUGCUGGAUGAAAACUCGAUGAAGAAGCUCACAACGCUGCAGCUGUCGGCCAGCGACCAGGACAGCGAGCCCAGCGAGCUAAUCUACCGCGUUACCAAGGAGACGAGCCUGGGUCACCUGGAGCGUGCCUCCAAUCCAGGUUAUCACCCAGCCGUCGCCCAGACGUUCUACAUCACCAUCAAACCGGUGGACGACUCCCUUCCUCUGCUCCAGGUCCCCGGUAUGAGGGUCCAGGAGGGAGUGAGGAAGACCAUCACUGAAUUUGAGCUGAAAGCCACCGAUGCAGACACUGAGGCGGAGUCCAUCGUCUUCAGCGUGGUCCAGGCUCCUCGCCACGGCACCAUCGAGCGCACGAGCAACGGCCAGCACUACCGAGAGACCAGCAGCUUCACCAUGGACGACGUCUACCAGAACCGCAUCAGCUACAACCACGACGGCUCCAACUCGCUGAAGGACCGCUUCACCUUCACCGUGGCCGACAGCACCAACCACCUCUUCAUGGUGGAGGAGGGGGGCAAGGAGAUCGUAACAGCCGCUCCGCAGAAGUUCAAGAUCGAUAUUCUGCCGGUUGACGAUGGCACCCCGCGUAUUGUGACCAACUUGGGGCUGCAGUGGUUGGAGUACAUGGACAACAAGGCGACCAACCUGAUCAGUAAGAAGGAGCUGCUGACGAUGGAUCCCGACACGGACGACGGACAGCUGGUGUAUGAGGUCACCACGGAGCCAAAGCACGGCUUCCUGGAGAGCAAACUGAAACCUGGCAGCUCCGUCACCUCCUUCACACAAGCUGACAUCAACGUGGGUCUGAUCCGCUACGUCCUGCACCAGGAGAACGUUCAGGAGACGAUGGACAACUUCAAGUUCCUGGUGAAGGACAGCAAACCCAACGUCGUCAGCGACAACGUCUUCCACAUCCAGUGGUCCCUCAUCAGCUUCCAGCACAAAAGCUACAACGUGAGUGAGAAGGCCGGCACGGUGGCGGUGACGGUGAAGCGGACCGGUAACCUCAACCAGUACGCCAUCGUGCUCUGCCGCACCGAGCAGAGCAGCGCUACUUCCUCCAGCAGCGUCGGAUCCCGUCCGGGCCAGCAGGACUACGUGGAGUACGCUGGACAGGUCCAGUUCGACGAGCGCGAGGACACGAAGGUUUGCACCAUCAUCAUCAACGACGACAAAGUGUUCGAGGGCAUCGAGAGCUUCCAGGUGGAGCUGAGCAUGCCCGUCUACGCUCUGCUGGGCGGAGUCACGCGAGCCGUCGUCAACAUCAACGACACGGAGGACGAACCCACGCUGCAGUUCGACAAGAAGAUGUACCACGUUAACGAGAGCAGACUCAUCCACGUUCCCAUCGAGAGGAAAGGUGACGCCUCCAGCACGGUGUCGGCUCUCUGCUACACGUUAGCUAAGUCGGCUCAGGGCAGCAGCCUUCACGCUCUGGAGUCCGGCUCCGACUACAAGAGCCGCGGCAUGACCAACGACAACCGCGUCAUCUUCGGACCGGGCGUCAGCAUGUCCACCUGCGACGUGAAGCUGAUCGACGACAGCGAGUACGAGCUGUCGGAGGAGUUCGAGCUGGUGCUGUCGGACGCCUCAGACAACGCUCGCAUGGGAGACGUGGUGGUGGCCAAGGUCGUCAUCGACGGACCCAACGACGCAUCCACCGUUUCUCUCGGCAACGCUACUUUUACUUUCAGUGAAGAUGCAGGUACGAUAGAAAUACCCGUGCUGCGGCUCGGCAGCGACUUGUCCUCGUUGACGUCUGUGUGGUGCGCCACCCGACCCUCCGACCCGCCCUCUGCAAGCCCGGGGGUCGACUACAUCCCCAGCUCCAAGAAGGUGGAGUUCAAACCUGGAAAGACUGAAGAGACGUGCAGUCUGACCAUCAUGGACGACGUCCAGAACCCGUCCAUCGAAGGAUCGGAGUCCUUCGUGGUCUUCCUCAGCUCUCCUCAAGGCGCCGUCCUGCAGGAGCCGUACGAAGCCAACGUCGUCAUCACAGACACUUUCCAGGACAUUCCCAGCAUGCAGUUCGAGAAGAGCGCCUACACAGUGAAGGAGAAGGAGAGCGUCCUGCACAUCCCCAUCAUCCGUACAGGCGACCUCUCCUUCACGUCAUCGGUGCGUUGCUUCACCCGCACCAUGUCCGCCAUGGUGAUGGACGACUUCGAGGAGAGGAGGAACGCCGACGAGUCACGAAUCACCUUCCUCAAAGGAGAGAAGGUGAAGAACUGCACCGUUCACAUCAACGACGACUCUGUGUUUGAGCCCGAGGAGGAGUUCCAGGUGCAUCUUGGGACGCCGCUGGGCGAUCACUGGAGCGGCGCCAUGGUCGGUGCCAGCGACAUCGUAACCAUCACCAUCACUAACGAUGAAGAUGCUCCCACCAUCGAGUUCGAGCAGGCGUCCUAUCAGGUGCGAGAGCCUCCGGGUCCCGACGGCAUCGAGGUUCUGAACAUCAAGGUGAUCCGCCGAGGAGAUCUGGAUCGGACCUCUAAGAUCCGCUGCAGCACUCGAGACGGAUCGGCUCAGUCUGGAGUCGACUACAAUCCUAAAAGCAGAGUGCUCAAAUUCACACCUGGAAUGGACCACAUCCUAUUUAAGGUGGAAAUUCUCUCCAAUGAGGACAGGGAGUGGCACGAGUCCUUGUCGUUGGUCCUCGGCCCCGACGACCCCGUGGAGGCAGUGCUUGGGGAGAUCACCGUGGCAACAGUGACCAUCCUGGACCAGGAGGCUGCAGGCAGUCUCAUCCUCCCUGCCCCGCCUAUUGUGGUCUCUCUGGCCGACUACGAUCACGUCCAGGAAGUGACGAAGGAGGGCAGUAAGAAGACCCCGUCUCCCGGUUACCCCCUGGUGUGCGUGACCCCUUGUGACCCCCACUACCCCAAAUACUCAGUGAUGAAGGAGCGUUGCGAGGAGGCGGGCAUCAACCAGACUCAAGUUCACUUCUCCUGGGAAGUAGCGGCGCCCACCGACACUAACGGUGCUCGCUCGCCCUUUGAGACGGUGACGGACACGACUCCCUACACCAGCGUGAACCACAUGGUCUUGGACAGCAUUUACUUCAGCCGGCGUUUCCACGUCCGCUGCGUGGCUCAGGCCAGAGAUAAGUCGGGUCACCUCGGGACGCCGCUGAGGAGCAACAUCGCCACCAUCGGCACCGAGGGCUCCAUUUGCCACACGCCUGUUACCACGGGAACGGCCAGAGGCUUCCAGGCUCAGUCCUUCAUUGCAACGCUUAAAUAUCUGGACGUGAAACACAAAGAGCAUCCAAACCGGAUCCAUAUCUCGGUGCAGAUCCCCCAUCAGGACGGCAUGCUGCCGCUGGUUUCCACCAUGCCGCUUCACAACCUUCACUUCCUGCUGUCGGAGUCCAUCUACAGACAGCAGCACGUCUGCUCUAACCUGGUCACACUCCGAGACCUGCAGGGCAUCUCAGAGACUGGUUUCCUUGACGACGUCUCCUACGACAGCAUCUCUCUGGGUCCGGGUUAUGACCGUCCGUACCAGUUCAACCCCAAUGUCCGAGAGGCGAAGAGCAUCCAACUGUACAAACACCUCAACCUCAAGAGCUGCAUCUGGACGUUCGACGCCUACUACGACAUGACGGAGCUCAUCGACGUCUGCUCAGGAUCCGUCACUGCCGACUUCCAGGUGCGUGACUCGGCUCAGUCCUUCCUGACGGUGCAGGUUCCUCUCUACGUGUCUUAUAUCUACGUGACGGCUCCGAGAGGCUGGGCGUCUCUGGAGCAUCACACCGAGAUGGAGUUCUCCUUCUUCUACGACACCGUGCUCUGGAGGACGGGUAUUCAGACCGACAGCGUCCUCUCCGCCAGGCUGCAGAUCAUCAGGAUCUACAUCAGAGAAGACGGACGGCUGGUCAUCGAGUUUAAAACUCACGCCAAGUUCAGAGGUCAGUUUGUCCCUGAACACCACACGCUGCCAGGACACAAAUCCCACCUGAUGGCCCCCGACCACCUCGGAGGAAUCGAGUUUGACAUUCAGCUUCUGUGGAGCGCCCAAACCUUCGACUCUCCGUACCAGCUGUGGAGGGCCACCAGCUCCUACAGCAGGAAGGACUAUUCUGGAGAGUACACCGUCUUCUUGGUCCCCUGCACCGUUCAGCCCACUCAGCCCUGGAUCGACCCCGGAGACAAAGCUCUGUCCUGCACGGCUCACGCUCCGGAGAAGUUUCUGGUGCCGAUCGCCUUCCAGCAGACCAACCGGCCCGUUCCCGUCGUCUACUCUCUCAACACGGAGUUCCAGCUGUGCAACAACGAGAAGGUCUUCAUGAUGGAUCCGGCCAGCGCCGACGUCUCCAUGGCUGAGAUGGACUACAAGGGAGCGUUCUCCAUGGGUCAGACUCUGUACGGCCGGGUGUUGUGGAACCCGGAGCAGAACCUGAACGCAGCAUACAUGCUGCAGCUGGAGAAGGUUUACCUUUGCACCGGCAGGGACGGAUACGUUCCCUUCUUUGACCCCACGGGGACCCUGUACAACGAGGGUCCGCAGUACGGCUGCAUCCAACCCAACAAACACCUCAAACAUCGAUUCCUGCUGCUGGAUCGUAAGCAACCCGACGUUUGUGACAACUACUUCCACGACGUUCCCUUCGAGGCUAACUUCGCCACAGACAUCCCCGAGCUGCAGUCCAUGACCUCGAUGCCGGGCGUCGACGGCUUCACCAUGAAGGUUGACGCUCUCUACAAGGUGGAGGCGGGACAUCAGUGGUACCUUCAGGUCAUUUAUGUGAUCAGUCCGGAGUCGCGGUCCAACCCCAGAAUCCAGCGCUCCGUCACCUACCAGCUGAACCGCCCCAAGCGAGACCUGGUGGACCGCAGCGGCCGGCUCACCCUCGACGAGUCGCUCAUCUACGACAACGAGGGCGACCAGGUGAAGAACGGCACCAACAUGAAGUCUCUCCACCUGGAAGUCGGACCCUCCGCCACCUUCAACGCCCACAUGGGAAGCUCGGUCGGCGGGGGCGUGGCGGCCGUUACCUUGCUAGUCCUCGUCCUGCUGGCUUCCUGCUUCCUGUUCCGCCGCUGCCGCCGCCACUCGGCCAAGAAGAAGAGCAAGAAGUCUGCGAAAGCGUACGAGGAGUAUCCGCUCAACACCAAGGUGGAGGUUUGCAUGGACAAGUGUGUGGAGAAGAACUUCAGCAGCAAACACUGCACGGUGAGGAACAUCAACAUCCUCAACCGCAACCAGGAAGCUAACGGCAAGGCUAAAGUAAAAGAGGUCAACCUGGAAGUCAAGCUCCACAACAACCUCAACGACGGCACUGAGGUCUGA